AUGGGUAGAAAAAGAUCGCAAAAGGAGAUUCAAGAAAGGCUUGCGAAGAGAAGAAAAGAUGCCGAUGCCCUUCUUGAGACUGGCUUGUUCCAGACUGAGGAUGUUGAAGUAGACGAUAGAAUGCCUUCAAAAUCCUCCUGGGAUGACGAUGAGCAAGAUUACGAACUUAAACCUAGAACUCUCAAAGGUCAAGAUGAUGAAGACGCCGUAGAAGGUUUACCUAUCAAGAGAAAUGGUAAAGUGGAAAGGAAUAUCAUCAAAUCUCAAAGGAAUGACGUCCGGAAAUCUAAGGAAGAUGAAGCAGACAAUGAAUCAAAUGACGAGGAGGAAAAUUCGAAGGAUGGAGCUGCGUCGUCAGGAGAGGAAGAAGAUGAUAACGAGGUACCAGACACUGAAGAAACAAUUAUAGAAUUAAAAGAGACAAUUGCAGAAUUAGUUGAAAGAAUUAUGGAAGAAGCCGAAGAAAAUACGGCAGCAUUGACACGUCUACGUAAAAUGGCAGGCUCUAAAAAUCCGAAUACUGCCAAGUUCUCGAUAUUAGCAUUGGUCACCGUUUUUAAAAGCAUAAUUCCGGGCUAUAGAAUUAGACCACUAACAGAACUUGAAAAGAAAGAAAAGGUAACCAAAGAAGUGGCAAGAUUAAGAAGCUUUGAAGAAAAUCUUGUCUUUAAUUACAAGGCUUAUGUUGAUCUUUUGGCUCGCCUUUCUCGUACACCCAACAAUGACACUCCAAUAAAUGUUAAUUUGGGCAAUAUAGCCACCAACGCUGCAAUCGAGUUAACAUCUAGUUCAAUGCAUUUUAACUUUAGAUCUGAGUUGUUGACUAUAUUAAUCAGAAGGAUAUCAAAACCAAACCCAUCGAUUGAUCCUUUCUAUCAUAAAGCUAUAAAAACAAUUGAAGGGAUUUUGAAUGAAGAUGAAGAAGGUAACGUAUCAGUUGAGGUGAUCAGACUUUUAUCUAAAGUUCUUAAAACAAGAAAUUAUAACGUUGAUGAAUCGGUUAUUAAUGUACUUCUUUCUUUAGAUAUCCUUCAUGACUACGACCCGAACACUAAAACAGAGGAAGAGUUCAAAAUGAAGCUAAGGAAGAAGGAUAGGGUACAUCUUUCUAAGAAAGAAAAGAAAGCUCGGAAGGAAAGAAAAUUAAUAGAAGAAGAAAUGAGAGCUGCUGAACAAGCUGUCUCUGCAGAAGAAAGAGAAAGGAAUCAAGCAGAAAUUUUGAAACUGACUUUGGCGCUUUAUUUGAACAUUUUGAGAUCCGAUAUCACCAAACUAGUUGGUUCUGUAUUGGAAGGUCUAGCGAAGUUUGGGCACAUGGCUAACUUUGAUCUUUUGGGUGAUUUCUUGGUUGUCAUGAAGGAACUCAUAGCUAAUGCAGAGCUUGACAACCUAUCAUCUUCUGAGGUGCGUAAGGUAUUGCUUUGUAUCGUCACAGCCUUUUCCCUAGUUUCCAAUCAUACUCAUAUGAAAUUAUCAAUGGAUCUAUCAUCAUUUGUCGACGCGCUAUUCACAGUACUACCGUAUCUAUCGUUCGAUGCUGAUAUUGAAUUCUCACACAAAUCGCUAAGGUUGGCCGACCCCUUGAAUAAUGAACUCGUCAAACCAUCAGUUAACGUAUCAACAAAAGCAGAGUUAUUGUUGAAAGCCCUUGAUCAUGUCUUUUUCAGAUCAAAAUCUGGCACUAAACAAAGAGCUGCUGCGUUCACAAAGAGAAUUUACAUGGCUUUGCUGCACACUCCAGAAAAAACAUCAAUUGCACUGCUGAAGUUUUUGGAUAAACUAACUACCAAAUAUCCAGAAGUACUGGGUUUAUACUCUACAGACGAUAGAAUUGGAAAUGGGGAGUUCCGCAUCGACACAGACUUACCAAGUAGAAGUAAUGCAGAAGCAGCAACUAUAUGGGAAAAUAGCCUUCUUGUCAAGCAUUACAGUCCUUCUGUUGUAAAAGGUGUAAGAUCAUUAUUCCAUAAAUCUCAAGAACAUAAAUAG